GCUCUUCGUUUCUGUAGCUCCUUCAGCUGUUCACGCACUCCUCCCUGCUGCCCAUCGCGCCAGGACAAUUCUGUAGUCCAAGCUACGCACGCACCGCUGCGCCCUAGAGCGCGCUACGCACCCAGAGCAAUGUCAGCGUCAUAGGCAUUGUGCUGGCCGCAGUACACGCACAGUACAGACGCUGCUGCUACCUGGCGAGCUGCACAUACAAGAAGCAGUGGCAUUGGCACUGUUGGCUGCUGGGUGCAAAACCCUGACCUGGCGACGAGCGGGAUCCAGAGUUCCAGACGAAUCCAGGCAGAGAGGCGACCGAUGCAAACGGGUGCGGCCGCGGGGGCCGCCUGCGCGCACGUACGGAUGAUGGCACGGCAGGUCGGCUAGUCUCGUGACGAGAUCACGAGGAGGCGCCGACGAUCUCGCUGCCGAGGGCGCGGGGCGCACCCGUACCGCGCUGGCGCCCGCCGCCGCGGAAACAGUCGUCUCAUGGGCCAUUUGUGCUGGUUCGGCCGUUUAGCUAGACCCAGGCCCGGGACGCUUCUGGCCUUCUAUCUAGGCCCGCCCGCGCGCGCGCGGUUAGAAAACAAGGAGGACACGGGUAAAACUGCCGGGCCUGAUGCAUGCAUUUGCGACGGCGGCAGACCUGUUCCAUGUUUCAACUCCAAGGUGUUUCUAGUGACUAUCUUUAUCAAUAAAAAAAACAGAUCAGCAGAUCAACUGGAUUCAGACAAGCAUGAUAGGUUAGGAAGUCACUAGCAGUAUGCCAGUAUGUGUACGACAUGCAAGGCGCCAACGUUAUGUAGGAAGAAAGCUGUCAAUAUGGCAAUUGUUGAGGACCAUUUGUGACACUGGACACGGCCAGACGGUCCAUCCUUAAGCACAACAUGCUGUAACUGAUGUUAUACACAUUACACUAUCAAUAUUGCAGAGUAUAGUAUUC